UUAAAAAAGACAAAAACAGUCUUUUGGUGGUUGCUUAUGAACAGAUAGUACCUUAAGUCAUGCUGGCUGCGUGUGUGUUUCCAUGGUGAUGUCUGGAGGGCAGACCAGCCGAGAGGCUGCUGGUGCCAGGCAGCGACGCAGGACCAGCCCGAGCCCGGAGAGAGAAGACCUGGAGGGACUUUCCUCACCACCCACUGCCCACAAACUCUCACCCAUGUACCCUAAGGAGGAGCACAGCACGGGGGGGAUCAGUUCCUCUGUCAACUAUCUUGAUGGAGUCUACGAGUUCCCAAACCCCACACAGACCUACGGCACCUCGUCACCCGCCGAGCCUGCCUCGGUUGGAUACUACCCGGCUCCCCCGGACCCCCACGCGCCCCCUGCUGAAGAACAUCUGCAGACCUUAGGCACCGGAUCCGGCAGCCCUCUUAUGUUUGCACCCUCCGGCCCUCAGUUGUCCCUAUACCUGAACCAUCAUGGGGGACAACACUCGACCCACCAGGUGUCUUACUACCUGGACAGCCCUCCUUGCACCGUCUACAGGCCCAGUGUUGUGUGUUCUCAGCAGGCAGGUGUUGGUUUGUGUGAGGAGCUGUGCAGUGCCACUGACAGACAGGAGUUGUACGCCGGAUCAAGAGCCGCAGGAGGGUUUGAUUCCGAGAAGGAGACACGCUUCUGUGCGGUGUGCAGUGACUAUGCGUCUGGCUAUCAUUAUGGAGUGUGGUCCUGUGAGGGAUGCAAAGCUUUCUUCAAGAGAAGCAUUCAAGGUCACAAUGACUAUGUUUGUCCGGCAACCAACCAGUGCACUAUUGACAGAAACCGCAGGAAGAGCUGCCAGGCAUGCAGACUACGCAAGUGUUAUGAAGUAGGCAUGAUGAAAGGAGGUAAUCGUAAGGACCGCGGAGGCCGCGCUAUCAGGCGUGAUAGGAGGAGGAGCGGUAAUGAAGAUCGUGUCAAGAGCUACAGUGAGCAGUCUAGCUGCACCGGUCUGAGAACAGCUCCUCUGCAGGACAGGAGGAAGAGCAGCGGUGGUGUGGUCAGCGCUUUAUGCAUGCCUCCUGACCAGCUGCUGGUGUUGCUUCUGGGGGCAGAGCCGCCGGCCGUCUGCUCACGACAGAAACACAGCCGCCCAUACACCGAGAUCACCAUGAUGUCCCUGCUCACAAACAUGGCUGACAAAGAACUCGUCCACAUGAUCGCCUGGGCUAAGAAAGUCCCAGGCUUCCAGGAUCUCUCUCUGCACGAUCAGGUUCAGUUGUUGGAGAGCUCUUGGCUGGAGGUGUUGAUGAUCGGCCUCAUAUGGAGGUCUAUUCAUUCACCUGGAAAACUCAUCUUUGCUCAGGAUCUCAUCCUGGAUAGGAGUGAAGGAGAAUGUGUCGAGGGGAUGGCUGAGAUUUUCGACAUGCUCUUGGCAACUGUGGCUCGCUUCCGUAGUCUCAAACUCAAGCUGGAGGAAUUCGUAUGUCUCAAAGCCAUCAUACUUCUCAAUUCUGGUGCAUUUUCAUUCUGCUCCAGUCCAGUGGAGCCCUUGAGGGACAGCUUCAUGGUGCAGUGCAUGCUGGACAACAUCACUGAUGCCCUCAUUUACUGCAUCAGUAAAUCGUGUGCCUCGCUGCAGCUGCAGUCCCGCCGUCAGGCCCAGCUCCUGCUGCUGCUCUCAAACAUCAGACACAUGAGCAACAGAGGAAUGGAGCACUUAUACCGAAUGAAAUGUAAGAAUCGAGUCCCGCUGUAUGACCUUUUGUUGGAGAUGCUAGACGCUCAGCGAUUCCAUUCUUCAGGAAAGGUGCAGCGACUGUGGGCACAGAGUGAGAAAGACCCCCCAUCUACACUCACAACCAGCAGCAGCAGCCUCUCCAGAGGUCCUAGAGCCAUGCUGCCCAACACUGCCUUUCACAACAGAGUCCAGACCCCUGAGCUGUGUACAAUCCAAAAACUGAAGAAUGUGAAGACUGAAGCAGUCAGUGCUGUCUCUCCUUGUGCCUUAUCAAAGUCCACUUUAGAUUCUGAAAGACCCAUCUAGAAAAAUGUAAAAACAUAUCUGUUGAAAUGGACAGGUUAAGAACAAGGCUCCCAAACACUAUACAUCUGUGGUCACUUGAUUCAUUAGUUUUGAAAGACAUUUUGAAAAAGUGUCAUACUUGUUAAAAAAAAAAAAAAAAA